AUGGCGCUGGGACGCUAUUUCGCAGCUGUCUCUCUGGUCUUCACGGUUUUUUGCAGCCAGGCGCGGGCGGGCGAUAUUUUAAAAAAUAAUGGCUUUGUUACCUGUUUGGACAACGCCGAUAUCAAAGUGGAUAAACUCAACCUGAGUUUCGACCGUUCAACCAAAUUGAUGACAUUCGAUGUGGCCGGAUCAAGCUCCAAAGAACAGAAAGUCAUCGCGUCGCUCGUUGUUACUGCGUAUGGCCAGCGAUUCACGCAAGAUUUUAAUCCCUGUGAUGAAAAAACUAAAGUAGAACAGCUGUGUCCAGUUCCCGCUAGGUCUUUUGCUGCCAAAGGCCAACAACAAAUCCCCUCCGCUUUCGUUGACAAAAUCCCGUCCAUCGCGUUUGCAAUUCCAGAUCUUCAAGCUCAAGCUACGUUGGAGUUGAAAGCCACAGAUGGGAACCAGCCCCUUGCUUGUAUUCAAUCUCUGGUUGGUAAUGGAAAGACGCUCGAAACGCCUGCAGUGUCCUAUGUGGCUGUAGGCAUAGCUGGCGCUGCACUGGCGUUGACAGGCCUCAGCGCUGCCAUUGCAGGUGGGACGCCUGGAGCCGCCACAUCCGGCCCCAGCUUCGGUGAUGUUAUCGGGUGGUUCCAGUCAAUGGCCAUGAACGGCAUGCUGAGCGUUAAUUAUCCGCCCGUGUAUCGAAGCUUUACCAAUAACUUUGCCUUUAGCACUGGCCUUGUGCCAUGGUACGAAAUGCAAACUACGAUUGAUGACUUUAGAAACCGCACUGGAGGAAAUCUGACCAAUAGCAACGCUCGAUAUCUACGAAAUGCCACGUUGGUAUUUGCAGACAACAUUGAUAAGAAACAAACCGCGAAACGCGGUCUCGACUCCGCUUUCAAUAUAUUACCCUUGGCAAUUCGAAACGCCCAAGCCUCCCCUAGUCCCACUCCCUCUAAUAGUGAAAACAAAGACCAAAACGGAGUAAAUCAUGUUGUUACAGGCUUCAAGGCAUACGUCGAGCGACUUUCCAUCCCAGCGCCAAACACGUUUAUGACUGUGCUACUAAUCUUUGCCAUCGUUGUUGCUGCUAUUGCUGUUGGUAUUUUGCUGUUUAAGCUUAUCCUAGAGCUUUGGGCGCUCUGGGGCAACUUCCCUAAGAAGCUUACUAAUUUUCGAAAACACUACUGGGGCCUUCUUGCUCGAACAAUUACAAACUUAAUUCUACUUCUAUACGGCAUUUGGACAUUGUAUUGUGUCUUUCAAUUCACCCGCGGUGAUUCCUGGGCUGCUAAAAUCCUUGCUGCAGUCACCCUUGCAAUAUUUACCAUAGUCCUUGCCUACUUCUCUUUUCGCAUUUGGAGCAUUGCCCGAAAGUAUAAAAAGGCUGAAGGCGAUGCGGCAAGUCUUUAUGAGAAUAAGGAAACCUGGCGGAAAUACAGCCUUUUCUAUGACAACUACAAAAAGGGAUAUUGGUGGAUUUUCUUGCCAUGCAUUGUAUACAUGUUCGUCAAGGGAUGCAUCAUUGCAGGUGGCAAUGGACACGGCCUCAUACAAACUGGGGCACAGCUUAUUGUGGAGGCUCUUAUGCUUACUCUCCUCUUGUGGGCCAGACCUUUUGAAACAAAGUCCAGUCAAUGGAUCAACAUAACCAUUCAAGUCGUACGCGUGCUUUCCAUAGCAUGCAUCAUCGUCUUUGUGGACCAACUAGGUGUUGGGCAGACAACGAAAACUGUCACCGGAGUUGCUUUAGUUGCUGUGCAGUCAACAUUAACUGGACUCCUAGCCAUCCUGAUUGUGGUGAAUGCAAUAAUCCUUUUGAUCAGGAAAAAUCCCCACGUCAGACGCCGGAAAGAGAAUGAGAAAUACGAUCGUGAUCUUGAUAAUCUUACGCCUCUGGAUGCGCGCAACUCCCUGUUGAUGAAUUCUCGCACGGACGCUCCUGGGCAGCAAGACCCAGAAGUCGGCAAGUUGAACGUUGUUGGCCGUUACGAGCCAUUCCGGGACGUGCCUCUGGGAAGGGUCCAACACCAAGCGUCCAACAGCACCGAUCGGCUGGUACCCCAUGACCGGCCGAUAGGUGAUGCCGACAGACACGGUGGCAGUGGCGGCUAUACCGACUACUCACGCGUUGGGAGAGCCUACUAA